UACAUCAAUACUGCAAACCACGGAUUGUUUGUACUCCUUCCAGAAAAGGUCCACAUUCAUCGCUUUUAUUUUUCCAGUCUUCAGGGAAAGGUUCCAUUCCUAGGUCAGCCACCUCCAUCCUGAUUCAUCAUUUCAGUUAUUGUGGCAUCGUCAGCAAACUAGAAACCGUCUCUCUGACAGUUCACUGGAGUGCCAGCUCUUCACCGCUACCAUGUCCUCUACACCUCCGCCUCUCAUGAAGAAGCACAGUCAGAUGGAUCUUGUGAGUCGCCUAAAGUCCCGCAAGGUCCUGGGUGUCGGCGGAGAGGAUGAUGACGGAGAGGUACACAGGUCAAAGGAGAUUGGAGCUGCACUGGCAUUACUGGAAAUAGCCUCCCAGGAACGUUUCAAAGAUGGCCAACGGUGGACUGGCUUGCUAGAAAGACUUUGGUUUAACAGCGCUCAUUGGCACGUGCAACAGCAUUCAACCAUCAUCAGUUGUCCAGACCGGAGCACGUGUAUCAGUCAAAUGCUGGGUAAUGAGAUCAAGUUUGCUGUACGUGAGCCCAUUGGCCUCCGGCUUUGGAUCCUCACCUCUGCAGUGCUGUUCACCUCUACAUCCUUAAUGGCACUGGCCUUCCCCAACCAACUCUACGAGAUAAUAUUUGAGCUCACCACCACCAGAAUCUCCAUCAGACUCUAUGGAGGAGCCCUUUUGUGUAUCUCAUUAAUCCUGUGGAAUGGCUUGUACACAGCAGAAAAGGUCAUCAUUCAAUGGACACUACUUACGGAAGCAUGUUACUUUGGGGUACAAUUUCUAGUGACAUUCAUCACUCUCUUGGAGAUGGGCACUCUGUCCAACAGUGCAAUUGGUCUUCUUCUUAGCGAAGCCUUCUUCCUUCUAAUCACCUUGAGUUACUAUCGUCACCUCGGUCGCCGCCCCAAAAAGAUCUGAGGGAGGCCAGCCACCAAGUGUUCACUAAUCAGAAGGAAUCUUGUGUUGGAUGGGUGGACUGGCACCACAGAAUUCUUUGAAUACAGUAGCUCCGCCACCUGGACCAAAUGAAUUUACACUUCACUGAGAAUCAGUGUCUACUGAGUGCAUUUAUUCUCAUUAGAUGGACCUCAGUUCAUGACCAUUGACUUAAUAUGUUACAUUAAGUGAAUUCACUACAAAGACAUACAUGUAUUAGUUUUUACGUUUCUUUAAAAAAUGCACAGCGCGGGAGAUUUUUGGGGCAUGAACAAUAGCCGCAUGGUUGAUCUUGUCCGGAAUUUGGCGCAUCGCGUCUGAAUUUGGGUGACACUAAGAUUUCCAGUGUAAUCGUGUUGGCCAAGCACAAUAGAUACAGCAUGGUAUUACAGUACAUAAAACAAUGCCACAACAACCAAUAAUAUCAUACAUAGAGUAGCAAAAGGUAUGACAUAAAAAAUACACACAAACAAAUUGCUUAACAAAUACAGAACUUGCUAAAAAAAAUCCAUUAAAACCUUAAAUGAAAUAAUACACUGACUAAAACAUUAACACUAAAGGGUUACAUUUACAUUUAGUUACAAACAUUUCUAAACCAUGUAUUAUAUACUGUUAAUCUUAUAAAUUCCAAAGUGGUGAACAUUGUAAUGACAUGGUUUUGGCAUAAUUUGAUGUAGUAUUAAAGGGUAUUUAAAGGCAUUUAUUUCACAGUGUACUUUAUUCAACUUUAAAGAUGUACUUGUAAAUUAUAACUGGCUCUGAGAAAUCUCUGUGUUUUGUUUCAACCUAAGAAAUUCAACCCCUACCAAUUCAGACAUAAUUGUUUUAUUUACUGCUUUACAUACCUAAGGGACAUUUGCACUACAUUUGCUGUAAAUAAUGUAAUAUAUUAACUUGAACUAGUCCUCUUUGAUUACAAAUUAAAAGGUUACUGAGAAAAACUCAAUUGAGAGAACAAACGUCUGAGGGUUUUAUGUAAUUUCUCGAUGUCGUAUCAUCCAUGUCAUGAACUUCAAGAAGCAUGUUAUUAACUGAUCUCUUAAGCUAUAUGGAUUAAAGGUAUAGUUCAAAAGUUGAAAUUCUGUUUUCAUUUACUCACCUUCAUGUCAUUUAAAUGCUAAAAUGUCACUUGUGUUCAAGUACAUGGAAAAAUGCUGCCUCAAAAUGUGCUGCACCAAGUUCUUAUGUCUCAUCAAUGUUAAACCAGACAGAAUUUUCAUUAUUGAAUGAACUUAUCCUUUAACAGCUGUCAUUAUGCACAAUAAUCCUACAUUUUAAAACUGUAUUUAGUGGGGUGUACUUAAUGCUUUUAGUGACCAUUGCAUGAAGUCAUACAAUGCAGAUGGACAGUAGCUCUAAAAUGUAGCACUUUUAUUAAUAUAAAAUAUGUCAAAGAAUCUCAUUGAAUGAGAUGGUUUCCUCAUUUUAUUGUUUUACUAUUUGUUAAAUAUUUGUUAAAAUGUUAGCACGUUCAACUACUAUUUACCUCUUGUGUUCAUCCUGAAAUAGCUACGCUUUAAUGUAGUUUUUGCAUCUUACAUCUUGGCCAACAUCUGCUAGUGCUGGUUAUAGAUGAAUUCUUCAAAGUAUGUUAUUCACAAUUAAAUUUAGCUGGUGUCAUUUCUUACAGUAUGCUUCCAUUUCUGAACCGUCAUUUGAAAUGUUGACAGUCCUCCUCCCAAAGAUCUUAGAUACAACUCUAACCCUCAAAACUUUGUCAAAAUAUGUGACACUUCCAUCAAAAAGAACUUCCAGUUAAACACAUGAAUGGCUUUGUGCCAAAUGAAAAUCAAAGGACCUUAUUAAUACGUGCUUUGGAAAUAUCAAGUUAGACCGUAUUUGUAUUGGUCUAAGAUUUAGCCAUUUCAUAAUUGGAUGUGCAUCUCUAUACUUUUAAUAUCAACUGUUUAGUAGUAUUUAGUUAAUUAACAAGACCAUGGACCAUGAUUUAAUUUUGAAGCCAAAGCACAGUUAAUGACUGUACUCAAAACUUGCUAUAUUUUUAGGUCACUUUAUUGUAAAUAUUUGAAUGAUUCAGAAAUAUGUAACAGUCCUCUUAACAUCUGUAAAUUUGCAACUUAUUAUUAUUAUUAUUAUUGUUUUUUUUUUUGUUUGUUUGUUUUUUUUUUUUGUAUCGAAAAAAGAUGAUUGCACUGUUAGUUUCCGGAACCUUUUUUCCAGAUUGUAGUGAAAUUUCUUGUUCUUUUAUGUUUUGGAAAAAAAAACCUGUACACAUGUAUAACAGGUCUGUAUCUACUUUUCGUAGAGAAAAAGUGAAUGUGCUUAAUAAAUCUAUAAAGUUUUUCAA